AUGGCCGUCCUUCCCGAGCCCGCUGUCUCCGACGACGUCCCCCAGCGAGUCAAGGACUCCUCCCGACGCAUGUUCUGGAUCCGAUCUCUUCUCCUCCGCACGCGCCUCGACAACGAUGUCUGCAACCAGAAUUACGCCGGCAACGGCACAGACGACGACCCCUACAUUGUCGAUUACCUGCACAACGACUGCCAGGACGCCAUGAGUUUUUCCAAGAGGCGAAAAUGGGCCGUUGCCGUUCUCCAGUCCCUGUCCACGUUUGCGGUGACCUUUGCCAGCUCGGUGUACGUCAGCGGCAUCGAAGGCGUCAUGCAGCGCUUUGACGUGUCCGAGGAGGUGGCCACGCUGGGCUUGUCGCUCUUCGUGUUGGGGUUCGCCCUGGGACCGCUGAUCUGGGCGCCUCUGUCGGAGGUGUACGGGCGCAAGUCCAUCUUUGUGAUUUCGUACACGGCGUACACGGCAUUCAGCGUGGCGGCGACGUGCGCGUCCAACAUCACGGCCUUGCUGGUUCUUCGCUUCUUUGCGAGCGCGUUUGGUUCGUCGUCGAUGACGAAUGUCGGGGGCGUCAUUGCCGACAUGUUCAGCAGGGCGGAGCGCGGACUGGCGACGGGAUUGUUUGUCACGGCUCCCUUUCUGGGGCCUGCACUUGGGCCCAUUGCCGGUGGUUUUCUUGGCGAGACCCAGGGCUGGCGCUGGAUUCUCGGUUUGAUCGCCAUACUGGGUGGUGUGAUCUGGAUUGCCACAAUGCUCGCCACCCGCGAAACAUACGCGCCGUUCAUUCUGCGACGUCGAGCCAAGGCCCUCUCCCGGAUGACAGGAAGCGUAUAUGUGUCCCGGCUCGAUGCGGGACAGCCUCCCAAGACACUCUCGCAGGAGCUCUCGGUCUCUUUCACGCGCCCCUGGAUCCUUCUGUUCCGCGAACCCAUUGUCUUGCCGACGUCGCUGUACAUCUCUAUCGUCUACGGUACACUGUACAUGUUCUUUGCCGGGUUUCCCAUCGUCUUUCAAGUUGCUCGAGGCUGGAGCCAGGGCACCGCCGGACUUCCGUUUGUCGGCGUCGCCAUUGGCGUCUGUCUUGCCACGCUGGCGGCCGGCGUGGACAACAAGCGCUACGUGCGCCUGUGCGCGGCGGCCGAGGCAGAGGGAUGCGCAGUCGAGCCAGAAGCCAGACUGGGUACGGCCAUGGCAGGCUCUAUUGUCCUUCCGAUUGGUCUGUUCCUGUUUGCGUGGACGACGUAUCCGUCGGUGCACUGGAUCGUACCCAUUAUCGGCGCCAUGUUUUUCUCGUGUGGACUUGUCAUGGUCUUCAUCUCGCUGAUGAGCUAUCUGGUCGACUCUUAUGUCGUCUAUGCUGCUUCUGUGCUGGCGGCCAACUCGGUGCUUCGGUCCUUGUUCGGCACCGCGUUUCCGCUGUUUACCACCCGAAUGUACGAGAAUCUCGGAAAUCAAUGGGCGAGCUCCAUUCCUGCGUUCCUGAUACGUUCCAAGUGCAACUAUGCUUCCGAAGCAGCAAAGGCGCUGGAGAUGAUGCGUCGUCGGCACGUCGUCGUGAUUGGAGGUGAGCCAAAUGGGCCGGAGACGGAGGCUGAAUAG